AUGGGAGCUUACAUGUGCAAUGUAAGUGCCACUGCUGGGAAAGACAUUUAUCUCCUCCCUGCUCCUCAUGUGACACCGAGCAUCUUUACAGAAAAGAGAAGAAAUAAUGGAGAUUCUUCGUUGAACAUGUCAAGAUGUUGCAUGACGGUUGGGAAUUCAAUGAUUGCCGAGUAUCCACUGCAUGUUUGUAAAUGCUGCAUUGCUCAGGCUUUAGGUGCCCAAAAUUGUGGGACUGUAUCCAUGUCUCCAAUAAAGAAGGAAGAUAUAGAACUUGGUUGUCUAAGCACCUGCCAUGUUCCAUUACAGCCUCGACAGAGAAUUGUUUAA